CGUACCUGGAUCAUCCUCUUGUCGUCCCCAUCGUCUUGUGCAUCCAUUUUCAACUUCGUCCCUUGCAAACAUGUCCCCUUCCCCUCCCGCCCCCACCGAGCCCUGGCCUCCGCUCGGCCUCCUUUGUCGGAACCACUGAAACUGAGGCGUGUCUACGUGAGGGAAAGGGGGGACUACGAUGCUCGCGAAUUUCAAGACAAAACACGAUGGAUCUGCUUUGCUACGUACGCUCUGUUCUGCUCUGUCCUGCGGUGUCGUGGGAGACUUUCUCGGCCGUCUCACACAUCCACGCACAAUUUAUGGACAAAUUAACUACUAUGUAGUACGCACUCAGCGAAAUUACUUGCAAGGAUUGAGUCAUCAACUGUCACCCAGCCCAAACGAGUGUGGCGCUGAAAUGGCCGCUGGAUCGCUUGGGGGCUCAACAAGGCGCAAAGGGGGGAGGAAAAAAGAAAAACAUUGUUCAAGACCGAACAAAAGCAACUCGUCUCCGUAUUGCUUGCUGCCAAUUUCUGUUGCCGCAAAGUCUAAGACGGCCGACUGGUCCUCUGAUUCGCUUGACGUCAUGCACCCGGGCCUGAACGCGCACCGUCUCAUUUCUUCUGCUUUUUUAUGCUUUUUACUUGUCCUCGGCAGCAGGGAGCCGUAGACAGACGUAGGCCAUCCCGGACCGGCGAGAGAGACGAUUUGGCGUCAAAAAGGUGACGACAAUAAUGAGUUGAGAAAGGGAGAGACUGACUUGCGAGAAGAGUAAUCAGCUACUUGACUCACUCACCCACUUAUUUGUGUACUCAUUCACUCACUCGCUCACCUUUGCCGCUUCGGCUUACCUUAACCCGCUUACCUAAGGACGCUCGUUCCUCCCUCCCAAAACUGGAAGAGCUGCACUACGCGACCCUUCUCC